AUGAAUAGCUUAGCAAACAAUGGCAAAUUAUAUUUAAGUUUAAAAAAGUUAAAUUUUCCAAAAGAAUGGUCAUAUCCAGUUAAUCCCAAUACUAGUUAUAUUAUAGAUACUUUUAAAGAAGCAGUAAAAUGUGGUAUAUUUUUAGAAUCAAACAAAAAGCACUUUGAAUAUUCAUAUAGUAUUUUAACAGUUAUUGGGUGGUUUUUUCCAAGGUAUAACUACGAGCAAUUGAUGAUUGCAUCCUCUGUGAUGCAAUGGAUCUUUGUUUUAGAUGAUUUUUUAGAAAGGGAUCAUAUUGAUGAUGAAAAGCAGCAAUAUUGUGUAAACAAGUGUGAAGAUAUAUUAAUACAGGGAAGAAAAAGCGAAUACAUAUCAAAUAUAGCAGAUGCAGAUUUAGCACCAUUAGACAAAUACACAUUAUUAUUAAGAGAUAGAUUAUCAAAAUCAACUAAAGAUAGAGUCGAAACAUUCAAUAUUUUCAUUCAUUAUCUCAGAGAAUGGUUUUUUUCAGUAAUCCCACUUAAGAAAUCAAAAGGAGAAUCUAAAUCUGACUCGGUACACUAUGAUGUAUAUACAUUUAUUAGGACUGUUAAUGUAGGGCUUUAUUUUGUAAUUGCCAUCAAUAAUGUAGCAGUAGAUUUAAAAAUUGAUGGAUCUUUUUGGAUGAAUCCAAUCUGGAGCAGAAUGACAAGAAAUGCAUCAAGAUUAUUCACCAUUGUCAACGAUUGUGUAUCAUAUGCAAAAGAGAUUGAUCAAGAAUGUGCAGGUGAAAAUUGUUUAUAUAUUUUACAAAUAAAGUCAAAUUUACCAUUACAGACAGUAUAUAACCAUCUUGUAGACGAAUUCGAUCAAAUUGUAGCCAAAGUUCAAAAAGAUGAAAUUUUGUUAUUAGAGUCAUUUAAUUAUUUGCCAAAUGAAAAAAUAGAUGGUAUAAAAUAUUUAAUUUUAAGCUUAAAAGAACUGUUAGUUGGCAACUAUAAAUGGAGUUUAGUUUCACCAAGAUAUAUUCAUAAAGAUUCGCCCUUUAUCGAAACCAGUAGAUCCGAUUCAUCAACGAUUCCAUACGAAACAAUUUUAACACCUGAUAUAUUUUGGAUAUAA